AUGAAUUAUUAUAAAAUUUUAGGUGUUACACAAAAUGCUUGUAAAAAAACAAUACGCGAAGCUUAUUUAAAAAAAGUUAAAUUAUAUCACCCUGAUUUGAAUAAAAGCCCAGAUGCUACAACAAAAUUUAAACAAAUUCAGGAAGCAUAUCAAGCAUUAUAUAAUAAUGACACAUCAAAUACUUCUUUCUAUAAUGAAAAUAGUUACACAAAGAACUAUAGAACUGAAGACAUGAAAAAAGGCCAAGGUUUUACAAACGAUUUUAGUGAUUUUCAUCGUGCAUUUUAUGAAGAAGUUCAUAGAAUGAGAGAGAAUGAAAGAAAUGAACAAAAUAGAAGAUACUCAAACAAUAAUUACAGCUAUUCUUAUGAUAUAUUUAAUAAAUACCCACGAGAAUUUUUUUACAUAAAUUUAAUUUUUAAAUUAUUUCCUCUAUUCGUCGUCCCUUUUUUAUUUCUCUUUGUGGUUUAUAAACAAUAUAUAUUAAAAAGUCAUUUUAAAGAAAAGCCUAUAUUAAUAUACGAUGCAUAUGGCAGAGCUUUUUUAGUAGACAUACAUGGACGAAAGUUCAGAGCUUCUGAAUUUGAUAAAUACUAA